AUGGCUGAAUCGGCUUCUCACUCGCAACUCCAUCCUCUCGCACCCCGCCCAUCAGCACCCCAGGCCACCACCAGCACUGCGUCACUGGGCGUCGCACCCGCGCCUCCACCGCCCCCACCACCCGCUUCAUCAUCUUCAUCUGCCAAUGGACACGGGCGCGGAGAUAGUGGAGGGGAUACAGACGAUGAGGGAGGAGGCACUGCGGGCGGGAAGAAGAAGAGCAAGGCGAGGAGGAGGAAGGUCAACCACGCCUGCCUCUACUGCAGGAGGAGCCACAUGACCUGCGACGAGGGAAGGCCCUGUCAGCGCUGCAUCAAGCGCGAGAUCGGCCAUCUCUGCCACGACGAGCGCCGACCGGCCAACGCCAAGCAGCCCUCCCAAGAUCCACAACCUCAGCCCGCACCAGCAAUAACCAUAACGCCCGGUAUACCCUAUACACCCGCGCCUGGCAACCCACUCUCCGCCGGCCCCUCAACAGCACCGCUCGACAACCCGUACAACCCGUACAUGUACCCCCUCGAAUCCUUCGGCAAAGAAUUCUCCUCCCUCUCCGACUUCCUCGAGACGCUCGACGAGCACGCCUUCUUCUCCUCCACCGCGCCCGGCUCGUCCGGCUUCACGCCCACAUCCGCCUUUGCCUCCACAGGGCUCGACCUGAACGGCGCCUCGGCACUAGGAACCGUAACGGGCGGCGCACCGCCCGAGCCCCCGCAAGAGCCCGUGCUACCCGCGGCGAGCAUGACCGAGAAGUUCCUCCUCACCGCCGCGGACCAGGAACCCGGUCCUCGGGACGAGCGCCUCAAACGCGUUAUCCGGACGAAGUACGAGGCCGGGCUGCUCAGGCCGUAUAACUACGUCAAGGGCUACGCGCGCCUGAGCAGGUGGAUGGACCGCAACGUCAGCCAGGCGAGCAAGCAGCAGAUCCUGCACCCGCUGAGCGUGCUGCGGCCCAAGUUCCGCGCGAUCGCGCAGAGCUUGCGCGAUAUCGAUUUGGUGUUUAUCGAGGAGGCGUUCGAGCGGUUACUUCUUGACUACGAUCGGGUGUUCAGCGUCAUGGGGAUCCCGGCGUGUUUGUGGAGAAGGACGGGCGAGAUAUAUAAGGGAAAUCGCGAGUUUGCCGAGUUGGUCGGCGUGGAGGGGUGGAUGUUGCGCGACGGGCGGCUGUGCAUUUAUGAGCUUAUGGCGGAGGAGAGCGCGGUGAAUUAUUGGGAGAAGUAUGGGAAUGUCGCGUUUGAUAGUACGCAGAAGGCGGUGCUUACGAGCUGUGUGUUGAGGUUUAAGCCGAAGCUUACCUCGGGCACUGCGUCCACCACUCCUGCUACUGCUGCGACUGCUACCGUGACGAACGGGACGAGUGCGAAUGGGAGUGGGGCAGGGGGGAGUGGAGAGGGCAGGCCGAGUACGAGCAACGGGACGACGGUUAACGGCAAUGGCGUGCCGAAGGAGGCCGUCAGCGAGGAGAUCGCGGCGGGCGAGGGCGAGGAGGCACUCAUUGCGUGUUGCUUUUCGUUCACCAUCAGGAGGGAUACGUGGGGCAUACCGAGUAUGAUUGUCGGGAACUUUAUUCGGUUGUAA